UUUUUUCAAAAUAUACGUCUUGCUUAAAAUAUGAGAGAAAUUGUCCAUCUUCAAACAGGACAAUGUGGGAACCAGAUUGGCGCGUCUUUUUGGUCUACAAUUAGUGGAGAACAUGGUUUAGAUAGUACAGGAGUUUAUCAAGGAACAUCUGACCUGCAACUUGAGCGCAUGAAUGUUUAUUUUAAUGAGGCAUCUGGGGGGAAAUAUGUUCCUCGAUCAGUAUUAAUUGAUCUUGAGCCGGGUACAAUGGAUGCAGUACGAUCAGGGCCUUUUGGGAAUCUUUUUCGCCCAGAUAAUUUCGUUUUUGGUCAGUCAGGUGCUGGGAAUAAUUGGGCAAAAGGGCAUUAUACGGAAGGAGCGGAAUUGGUGGAUUCGGUAUUAGAUGUGGUUCGUCGUGAAGCGGAAGCCUGUGAUUGUUUACAAGGGUUUCAAAUUACGCAUUCUCUUGGUGGAGGAACGGGUGCAGGUAUGGGGACUUUAUUAAUUUCUAAAAUUCGUGAAGAAUAUCCGGACCGAAUGAUGGCAACGUUUUCAGUUGUUCCAUCGCCAAAAGUUUCGGAUACAGUGGUAGAACCAUACAAUGCGACGCUUUCUGUACAUCAAUUAGUGGAAAAUUCGGAUGAAACGUUUUGUAUUGAUAAUGAAGCUUUGUAUGAUAUUUGUAUGCGAACAUUAAAGCUUCCGGACCCGGGAUAUGGGGAUUUAAAUCAUUUAGUAUCUGCUGUGAUGAGUGGUAUUACGACAUGUCUUCGAUUUCCCGGACAACUUAAUUCAGAUUUACGUAAAUUGGCCGUAAAUAUGGUGCCAUUUCCUCGAUUGCACUUUUUUAUGGUUGGAUUUGCGCCAUUAACAAGCAAGGGGUCACAUUCUUUCCGCUCUUUGACAGUGCCAGAAUUAACGCAGCAAAUGUUUGAUGCAAAAAAUAUGAUGGCUGCUUCAGACCCAAGACAUGGACGAUAUUUGACGGUUGCUGCAAUUUUCCGUGGUCGAGUAUCGAUGAAAGAAGUGGAAGAUCAAAUGCAUAGUGUUCAACAGAAGAAUUCUUCAUAUUUUGUCGAAUGGAUUCCCAAUAAUGUGCAAACCGCAUUAUGUUCGAUUCCACCGAGGGGACUUAAGAUGUCAUCUACUUUUAUUGGUAAUUCUACAUCGAUUCAGGAGCUUUUCAAACGAGUGGGUGAUCAAUUUUCAGCAAUGUUUCGACGUAAAGCAUUUCUGCAUUGGUAUACGGGCGAAGGAAUGGAUGAAAUGGAGUUCACUGAAGCGGAAUCAAACAUGAAUGAUCUGGUUAGUGAAUAUCAACAAUACGAAAUGGUUGGUGUCGAUGAUGAAGUCGAACUUGAAGAUGAGAUUGAAGCAUAA